AGAAAAAAGAAAAAAAAACCUCUUGUCUGCCCAGCCCAUAAUUUGUUCAUCUUAAUAUAAUGCUGUAAAAAUUUGUAGCUACAAUUUUUCCCAUUAUCCUUCCCUAUCUCUCUUCCUUGCGUGCCUAACACAAAAUGGAAAUUAUUAACCAACAGAGUUGUAGACACAUGGCUUGAGGGAUGGUUCAUUUCUUUGCCUAUUUUUCGUGCUUUCAUUGAAGCUUCUUUCAAUGCCAUCCGAUAAAAAAAGAAAAGAAAAGGGCUUAGUGAUUUAAUCUGAAAGUUACGAGAUUUUUAAUGGUUCACCCACGUACCCAGAAGGCCCUGGAAUCUCGUAUGUUUGAGAAGAGACGUUCGAUUUCCUUCCCUGCAAUGCAUUUAUCAUUCAAGAUGUUAUUUGGUUGUUGAGUUUGUCGAUUGUUGUAAAUUAUCAAAAUUCAAGAUUUGUUGCGUGUGACAUACAUACAAUAUUCGAUUGCUAGUUAGAGGGUUAGGGUUUUUGAGGCCAAAGACUGUUGCUUUUUUCGGUCUUCUAUGCUUCUUUAGUGGUUUUAUGAAUUGGGUAUUUGUGUUUGAAGCGUUUGUGUAUUUUAGUUCCUUGUUUGUGCAUCGAGUGGUUAUAGGCUUAUAGGGUUAAGUUGCUUCGAGGUUGCAACUUGCAAGGAUUUCGGCAUCUGAAGUUGUUAUUAGAUUGAUCAAAAGAUAUGAGUCGUAGGGUGCGGCGCAAGGUGGCAAAUAAAGGGAAGGAUGGCGUUGUAUCACUAAGUUGCCAUGAAACCGGAGUUGAGGAUUUAGGUACUGAGAGAAAUGGGGUCGUGGAUUGGACAAUCUUACCUGAUGAUACAGUGAUUCACUUAUUUUCACGGCUGAAUUAUCGUGAUCGGGCGAGUUUGUCAUCGACUUGUAGGGCAUGGAGGGUUUUGGCUGCUUCUCAAUGUUUAUGGAGUUCAUUGGAUGUCCGUGCUCAUAAAUUUGAUACUACAAUGGCUACUUCACUUGCCCCCAGGUGUAUGAAUCUUCAAAAGCUAAAGUUUCGAGGGGCAGAGUCUGCUGAUGCAGUAAUUCAUCUUCAAGCUAAGAACUUGUGUGAAAUAAAUGGUGAUUACUGCAGGAAAAUAACUGAUGCUACUCUAUCUGUGAUUGUUGCUCGACAUGAGGCUCUGGAAAGUAUUCAGCUCGGUCCAGACUUUUGUGAAAGGAUCACUGGUGAUGCUAUAAAAGCAAUAGCUUUUUGCUGUCCAAAGCUGAAGAAACUUCGGUUAUCUGGAAUAAAGGAUGUUUUUGCCGAUGCAAUCAACGCUUUGGCUAAGCACUGUCCUAAUCUGAUUGACAUUGGGUUCCUUGAUUGUUUGAAUGUUGAUGAGGCAGCCUUGGGAAAUAUUUUAUCUGUCCGGUUUCUCUCUGUUGCAGGGUCGUCAAAUAUGAACUGGAGUGUGGUUUCACAUCUCUGGCACAAGCUGCCUAAAUUGAUCGGGUUGGAUGUUUCAAGAACUGAUAUUGGUUCAACUGAUGUUUCUAGAUUACUAUUCUCAUCCCAGAGCUUGAAGGUUUUGUGUGCUUUAAAUUGUCCGGUUCUUGAAGAGGACACUAGUGUUAGCACAAUUAAAACCAAAGGGAAAUUGUUGCUUUCUCUUUUUUCAGAUAUUUUUAUCGAACUAUCUUCUUUAUUUGCCGACACCACAAAAAAAGGGAGGAAUGUGCUUUUGGAUUGGAGGUGCUCAAAGAAAAAAGAUAAAAAUUUGAAUGAGAUCAUGACUUGGCUUGAAUGGAUCCUAUCUCAUACACUUUUGCGUACUGCUGAGAGCAAUCCGCAAGGUCUUGAUGAUUUCUGGCUCAAGCAAGGAGCGGCACUGUUGCUCAGCUUAAUGCAGAGCUCACAAGAGGAUGUUCAAGAAAGGGCAGCCACUGGACUUGCGACUUUUGUUGUUAUUGAUGAUGAAAAUGCUAGCAUAGAUUGCAGAAGGGCUGAAGCAGUUAUGCUAGAUGGUGGCAUCCGACUUCUUCUGAACCUAGCGAAAUGUUGGCGGGAAGGACUACAAUCCGAGGCUGCAAAGGCUAUAGCUAACUUGUCAGUGAAUGCAAAUGUUGCAAAAGCUGUGGCUGAAGAAGGAGGAAUUAAUAUCCUUGCUUUGUUGGCGAGGUCCAUGAACAGGAUGGUAGCUGAGGAGGCUGCCGGAGGGCUAUGGAACCUUUCUGUCGGGGAAGAGCACAAGGCUGCAAUUGCAGAAGCUGGUGGAGUCAAAGCUUUGGUUGAACUUAUAUUCAAAUGGUCAUCUGGUUGUGAUGGAGUUCUUGAGCGUGCAGCUGGUGCCUUGGCGAAUUUGGCAGCUGAUGAUAAAUGUAGUACGGAAGUUGCCAUUGCAGGAGGUGUGCAUGCAUUGGUGAUGCUUGCUUGUAGUUGCAAGUUUGAAGGAGUGCAAGAACAGGCUGCUCGGGCCUUAGCAAAUUUGGCUGCUCAUGGUGAUAGCAACAGUAACAAUGCUGCUGUAGGACAAGAGGCUGGUGCUCUUGAAGCACUAGUUCAGCUUACUCGUUCUCCUCAUGAAGGUGUCAGGCAAGAAGCUGCUGGUGCAUUGUGGAAUUUAUCAUUUGACGACAGAAAUCGAGAAGCAAUUGCAGCUGGUGGUGGUAUUGAGGCCUUGGUUACUCUAGCCCAAUCCUGUUCAAAUGCUUCCCCAGGUCUUCAAGAGAGGGCAGCUGGUGCUCUUUGGGGAUUGUCAGUGUCAGAAGCCAACAGCAUUGCUAUUGGACAAGAAGGUGGUGUUGCACCUCUGAUUGCUCUUGCUCGCUCUGAUGCUGAAGAUGUUCAUGAAACUGCUGCAGGGGCUCUUUGGAACCUUGCUUUUAACCAUAGUAAUGCUCUUCGGAUUGUUGAAGAAGGUGGGGUUCCUGCACUUGUUCAUCUUUGUUUGACAUCAGAAUCAAAGAUGGCAUGCUUCAUGGCUGCAUUGGCACUGGCAUACAUGUUUGAUGGAAGAACUGAUGAGUUUACACCAAUGGUCACAUCAUCAGAAAGCAGUUUAAAGAGUGUGAGCAUGGAUGGGCCCAGAAGACUGGCUUUGAAGCAUAUCGAAGCCUUUAUUCUCAGAUUCUCCGAUGCACAAGCAUUUGCAGCAGCAGCUGUUUCAUCAGCUCCGGCAGCAUUGGCACAAGUAACUGAAAAAGCUCGCAUUCAAGAAGCAGGGCAUCUAAGAUGCAGUGGGGCUGAAAUUGGAAGAUUUGUCUCCAUGCUUCGAAACUCAUCUUCAAUACUCAAGACAUGUGCUGCUUUUGCUCUACUCCAGUUUACCAUCCCUGGUGGUCGACAUGCAGUGCACCAUGCUAGCCUUAUGCAGAGUGCUGGAGCAGCAAGGGUUCUACGUUCUGCAGCCGCAGCAGCAAAUGCUCCUAUUGAGGCUAAAAUCUUUGCACGAAUCGUACUCCGAAACCUCGAGCAUCACCAAGUAGAACAUUCCAUCUAAUUCAGGAACCACCUUAGUGUUAGCCAAGGGUUUCAGAUGCCACUGUAACAUUUCAAAUAUACAAAAUCUGUUCAGUAUUUUCAUACUUUUAGGAUUGGGUAAAUUUACUUUCUCCUUCCCUGCAACUAAUCUUUGCAUGAGGAUUUGUAAGCAUGUAAUCAUUUGUCUUUGUAUUAAUUGGAACAAUUAUGUAAUUUAUGCCCUUAUGAAAACUUAAAAUUAUUUGAAACCAAAUAA